AAAGGUUAGUUAGAGCGAGCGAGCGAGUGGAGUGAGAAGUGUGAGAAAGGGAGAAGAAAGCAGUGUUUGGGAGACAUGACCGGCGAAGAGGUUUCCGGCCCCGCUGGCCCCAAACUCCUCCGCCUCCUCUACUUCGUCGGCGCCGGAGUGAUCUGCACCGCCGCCAUCAAUAAGUACCGCGAUUACGAGAGGAAGACUCUCAUUCAGCAGCAGCAGCAGCAGUUGAAGACCAAGGCAGUCGCUGUAGAAGCUCCAACUUCGCCGGAUUCUGCUGUUGCCACCGUCCACAAAGCUCUCAAAUAAUAAAAAUAACUAAGAUAAAGGUUAGGUUUUUGUUUUGGGGCAAUUUUUUGAGCUCCUUGUAUCGCAAUUUGGCAGUUGCAAACUCUCUUCACUGGUGGUUAUAAUAUGAGAUGAUGAAUUUUAGUAUCACAUAGAAAGUGUAUCAAUCA